AUGUUGCACUGGUGGCAGUCGAGGCAGCUCCCGCACUGCGCGCCGACACCGACGCGCGUCCCGAUCGCGUACUUGAUUGGGUCGACCUUGGACCCGGUGCGCACGACGUGCCCGACGAUUUCGUGGCCGACGACCAGCGGGUACUGGAUCGGUCCCCACCCGCCCGAGAUCGUGUGCAG